GUGAGGAGGAGGAGGAGGAGCGGGCCGGCCGCGCUGCACUGAGGAAGGAGGUGGAGGAGGCGGCGGGAGUCCUCCCCCCCCUCCCCUCCCGCCCCGCCGCCGCCGCCCGGGCUGUUCCUGUAAGGCGGGGAGACAAUGAGUAAACUCUCCUUCCGAGCGCGGGCGCUGGACGCCGCCAAACCGCUGCCUAUCUACCGCGGCAAGGACAUGCCUGAUCUCAACGACUGCGUCUCCAUCAACCGGGCCGUGCCCCAGAUGCCCACCGGGAUGGAGAAGGAGGAGGAAUCGGAACAUCAUUUACAGCGAGCUAUUUCAGCACAGCAAGUGUUCAGAGAAAAAAAAGAGAGCAUGGUCAUUCCAGUUCCUGAGGCAGAGAGCAAUGUCAACUAUUACAAUCGCUUGUACAAAGGAGAGUUUAAACAGCCAAAGCAGUUCAUUCAUAUUCAGCCCUUUAAUCUAGACAACGAACAACCAGAUUAUGAUAUGGAUUCAGAAGAUGAGACCUUAUUAAAUAGACUUAACAGAAAGAUGGAAAUUAAGCCUUUGCAAUUUGAAAUUAUGAUUGACAGACUUGAAAAAGCCAGUUCUAAUCAGCUUGUAACACUUCAAGAAGCAAAACUGCUGCUAAACGAAGAUGAUUACCUUAUUAAAGCUGUAUAUGACUACUGGGUGAGAAAACGUAAAAACUGCAGGGGACCAUCCCUCAUUCCUCAGAUAAAACAAGAGAAAAGAGAUGGCUCUACCAACAAUGACCCUUAUGUUGCCUUUCGGAGGAGAACAGAGAAAAUGCAAACUCGAAAGAAUCGUAAGAAUGAUGAAGCCUCUUAUGAAAAGAUGUUGAAACUGAGACGAGAGUUUAGUAGAGCCAUAACAAUUUUGGAAAUGAUUAAGAGAAGAGAGAAAACAAAACGAGAAUUAUUGCACUUAACCUUAGAAGUUGUGGAAAAAAGAUAUCAUUUGGGAGACUAUGGUGGUGAAAUCCUUAAUGAAGUGAAGAUCAAUAGAUCAGAAAAAGAGUUAUAUGCCACUCCAGCAACUCUUCAUAAUGGAAAUCAUCACAAAGUCCAAGAAUGUAAAACUAAGCACCCGCAUCAUUUGUCUUUGAAAGAAGAGGCUUCUGAUGUGGUUCGUCAAAAGAAGAAGUACCCAAAGAAGCCUAAAGCAGAGGCUUUGAUAACAUCUCAGCAACCCACUCCUGAGACAUUGCCUGUGAUCAAUAAGAGUGACAUUAAGCAAUAUGACUUUCACAGCUCAGAUGAAGAUGAAUUUCCACAGGUACCGUCCCCAAUAUCAGAACCCGAAGAAGAAAAUGAUCCUGAUGGUCCCUGUGCUUUCAGGAGGCGGGCAGGAUGCCAGUAUUACGCUCCCCGUUUGGACCAAACUAACCAUUCAUUUGAAAAUUCAGAACUGGUAGAUUUGGAUAAGCUGAGAUACAGGCACUGCCUUACCAUGCUCACAGUCCCGAGAAGAUGCAUAGGAUUUGCAAGGAGGCGGAUUGGCAGAGGUGGAAGGGUCAUAAUGGACCGGAUAUCCACAGAACAUGACCCAGUCCUGAAACAGAUAGACCCCGAAAUGCUGAAUGGUUUUUCAAGCGCUUCCCAAACUAUAGACUUUUCUUCUAAUUUCUCUCGGACCAAUGCUUCCAAUAAACAUUGUGAGAAUAGACUGUCCCUUUCUGAAAUAUUAAGCAAUAUCAGAUCAUGUCGACUACAGUGUUUCCAGCCAAGGCUACUAAAUUUACAGGACAGUGAUAGUGAAGAAUGUACCUCAAGAAAACCAGGGCAGACUGUGAACAAUAAAAGAGUUUCUGCAGCAUCUGUAGCUUUAUUGAACACCAGCAAGAAUGGCAUAUCAGUGACAGGGGGUAUCACAGAAGAGCAAUUUCAGACUCAUCAACAGCAGUUAGUUCAAAUGCAAAGGCAGCAACUUGCCCAGCUUCAGCAGAAACAGCAAUCUCAGCAUUCCUCGCAACAGACACAUCCAAAAGCACAGGGCUCAAGCACCUCUGACUGUAUGUCUAAAACACUCGACUCAGCCAGCGCCCAUUUUGCUGCAUCUGCGGUGGUCAGUGCACCUGUUCCAAGUCGCAGUGAGGUAACCAAGGAACAGAACACUGGCCACAACAACAUAAACGGUGUAGUCCAGCCUUCAGGAACCUCUAAAACAUUAUACUCCACCAACAUGGCUUUAUCAUCCAGCCCAGGGAUUUCAGCUGUACAACUUGUAAGGACAGUUGGCCACACCACUACAAACCACUUAAUCCCAGCAUUGUGCACAAGCAGUCCUCAAACACUUCCCAUGAACAAUUCCUGCCUGACAAAUGCAGUGCACCUCAAUAACGUCAGUGUUGUUUCUCCAGUCAAUGUGCAUAUCAAUACACGGACUUCAGCACCAUCGCCAACAGCCUUAAAACUUGCCACAGUUGCUGCCAGUAUGGACAGAGUGCCAAAGGUUACUCCUAGCAGUGCCAUCAGCAGCAUAGCAAGAGAGAACCAUGAACCAGAAAGAUUGGGUUUAAAUGGAAUAGCAGAGACAACAGUAGCUAUGGAAGUGACAUAACCUAAAACAUGUGGCUUUGACCUGUGCUGAUGGUGUGCAGUCAUUCAUAUUCCAGCUGAAUGCAAAAGGCGACACUCUGUGGAUCACAGAGCGUAACAAUGGACCUAAAUGGACAAGAGUAUAUCGGAUGUUAAAUCGAUAUAUGAUGUAUAUUUUGUAAAAUUGGGAAAAUCACUACCUUGUAAUAUAGUUUAUUUGUAUCAUCAAUAUUAUUUCUGUUACUUGAAUACUAGAUAUUCAUCAUCAUGCUUUUGCACUUGAAUUUGCAACUGAAUGGAUUUUAAAAAAUAAUUCUUUAAUGGGAUCAUGAGCAUGAAAUGGGAUCCUGCAUCACUUGUUUUAACUAUUUAUUUUGCCAUGUUUACAUUUUGUAUCUUGUAAAAAUAAAUCCAACUUUGUGUCUAAAAAGUUAAAGAUUCAUAGCUAGGAAAUGAAAUUCUUGUAAUUUUUUUCUAAAGGAACUGUAAAGUUUUCACUUGGUUCAUUUUGUUUCACAAUUUGACUAGAUGGACUUUUUGGUAAAUACUUUAGUGGCAUUUCACUGUCAAAUAUGAAGUUCAAGGCAAAAUAGUAUUUUCUAUUACUGUGCAGGGGAAAGGGAUGGAUCGAUACAUGCAAAUUUAAUGUAGUAACUCACUUUUCCAUAUAUUUUGAAUGUAUAUUUCUAUUUAUAAUACCAGUUUAUAAAAAAUGAUUACACAGAAAAAAGGACUAGGAAAAAUUAUGCA